GAGAAGAAGACAGAUAGAGGAGGAAGAACAGAGAAAUACAUUUCAACCAAGAAGGAGUUUUGAUUUAUUUGAUUUUUAUUUGUUUUAAGGAGCAAAAAAAUCUAUAAGCAGGAAAAAGAAAGAAAGAAAAAGAAAAAAAGAAAAGAAAAAGCAACUGAGAAGGGUUAUAAAAAGAGCAAAUACCAAGAAGGGUGAACAAGAGAAGAAAGUCAAGGCAAGGAGGAGCCCAAAGCUGGCAGAUCGGGAGGAUUUGCAGGGGAGAAAGGGGGGGGAAGAUUGGAAAUGCAGCUCUGGAGUUUGCUGCUGCCUCUUGCGCUUCUCUGUACAGCCCUAGCCAGUGGACCCGAAUGUGGGAUGGACGAGCGCUCCCGCAGGGCACGAAGGGACACCAGGCACAGCCGCCAGCUCCUCCACACUGCCCCGGGCACCUGUGCCACCAGGUUAGCCCGAGGAAGGCGCUCCACUGCUGGGCUGGAGCCUGGGCAUGUCCCCCGCAGGAGGCAACAGCGGGAGGUAAAGGACGAAGAGGAGUCCCUUACCCCGAGCAGGGCGCUCUAUUUCAGUGGCCAAGGUGAUCAGCUGCGGCUGAAGGCAGAUACUGAGCUGCCCCGAGAUGCCUUCACUUUGCAAGUGUGGCUGAAAGCCGAAGGAGGACAGAGAUCUCCGGCUGUCAUUGCAGGACUGUAUGACAAAUGUUCUUACACCUCCCGCGACCGAGGAUGGGUCCUGGGGAUUAACACCGUCAGUGACCAGGGGAACAGAGACCCCCGCUAUUUCUUCUCCCUGAAGACGGACCGUGCUCGCAAAGUGACCACCAUCGCAGGACAUCGCAGCUACCUCCCCAACCAGUGGGUGCACCUGGCUGCCACCUACGAUGGGCGCCUGAUGAGGCUCUACGUGAACGGCGCCCAGGUGGCCACGAGCGGGGAGCAGGUGGGCAGCGUCUUCAGCCCCCUGACCUUGAAGUGCAAGGUGCUCAUGCUUGGAGGGAACGCCCUGAACCAGAACUAUCGGGGUUACGUGGAGCACUUCAGCCUCUGGAGGACAGCCCGGUCUCAAAAGGAGAUCUUGUUGGACAUGGACCAGGCCGUUCACAGGCAAGACACGCCCCUACCUCAGCUAGUCCUUCAAGACAGUUUACUGAAUGUGAAAAGCACCUGGUCUCCCAUGAAGGAUGGCAGCAGUCCCCAGAUAAAGUUCAGCUACCACCACGGCUACUUGCUGGACACCAGCCUGGACCCUCCUCUCUGCGGGCAGACGGUCUGUGACAACACCGACGUCAUCGCCAGCUACAACAAGCUGCCGCGGUUCCGCCGCAACAAGACCGUGCGCUACCGUGUGGUGAACCUCUACGACGACAAACACCAGAACCCCACCGUCAGCCAGCAGCAGAUCGACUUCCAGCACCAGCACCUGAACGAGGCGUUCAGCCGCUACAACAUCACCUGGGAGCUGGAGGUGCUGGAGGUGAAGAACUCCUCGCUGCGCCACCGGCUCAUCCUGGAGAAAAGGGCAUACUUAGAUGUCAAUGAACUAAAGAACAUACUCAAACUGGAUGGAUCCACACACCUCAACAUCUUCUUUGCCAACUCCUCUGAGGAAGAGCUGGCUGGAGUGGCAACUUGGCCCUGGGACAAAGAAGCCUUGAUGCAUCUAGGUGGCAUUGUGCUGAAUCCCUCCUUCUAUGGAAUCCCUGGCCACACUCACACAAUGAUCCACGAAAUCGGGCACAGCCUUGGGCUCUAUCACGUCUUCCGGGGAAUCUCGGAGAUCCUCUCCUGCAGCGACCCGUGCAUGGAAACCGAGCCCUCCUUCGAGACUGGGGACCUCUGCAGUGACACCAACCCUGCUCCCAAGCACAAGCUGUGUGGGGAUCCCGGACCUGGCAAUGACACCUGUGGUUUUCACAGUUUCCUAAACACGCCCUUCAGUAACUUCAUGAGCUACGCAGACGAUGACUGCACUGACUCCUUCACUCCCAACCAAGUGGCCAGGAUGCACUGCUACCUGGACCUCGUCUACCAGAGCUGGCAGCCCACCAAGAAACCAGCUCCUGUUGCCAUUGCCCCCCAGAUCGUGGCUCGGACCUCCACCGCCGUCACCCUGGAGUGGUUUCCACCCAUCGAUGGCCACUUCUUUGAAAGAGAAGUGGGAUCAGCAUGUGAUCUGUGUGCGGAAGGAAGAGUCCUGGUGCAAUAUGCCUUCAGCGCCUCUUCCCCGAUGCCCUGCGAUCCCUCGGGGCACUGGAGCCCACGGGAAGCAGAAGGGCACCCUGACGUGGAGCAGCCUUGUAAAUCCAGCGUCAGGACAUGGAGCCCCAACUCGGCAGUCAACCAACACACAGUGCCCCCAGCCUGUCCCGAGCCCCAGGGCUGCUACCUGCAGCUGGAGUUCCGUUAUCCCCUGACUCCAGAGUCCCUCACAGUCUGGGUGACAUUUGUUUCCCCGGACUGGGACUCCAGUGGAGCAGUGAAUGACAUCAAGUUGCUCACCGUCAGCGGCAAGAACAUUUCCCUCGGGCCGCAGAACGUCUUCUGUGACAUCCCACUCACCAUAAAGCUGGAUGCGGGACGAGUGGGUGAGGAGGUGUAUGGAAUCCAGAUCUACACCCUGGAUGAGCACCUGGAGAUCGAUGCUGCCAUGCUGAGCUCUGUCCCUCACAGCACGCUGUGUGCAGACUGCAAACCCAUCCAGUACAAAGUCGUUCGGGACCCUCCUUUCCAGUCUGGAUCUCCAGUUGUCAUCUCAAACCUCAGCAGGAGAUUUGUUGACACGGAGCUGAGUGACAGGACCACGUACACGUACCAGGUGGUCGUUGUUUCUGGGAUGGAGGAGAGUGAACCUUCCCCUGCUCUCGUCUAUAUCUCUGGAAGUGGAUACUGUGGAGACGGGAUCAUCCAAAUAGAACUGGGGGAGGAAUGUGACGACAUGAACAAGAUCAACGGCGAUGGCUGCUCCCUGUUCUGCCUGCAGGAGUUGUCCUUCAACUGCAUCGAUGAACCCAGCAGGUGCUACUUCCACGAUGGUGACGGAGUGUGUGAGGAAUUUGAGCAGAUGACCAGCAUCAAGGACUGUGGCGUUUACACCCCCAAAGGCUUCCUCGAUCAGUGGGCUUCCAAUGUCUCCGUCUCGCAUCACAGUGACCAGCAGUGCCCAGGAUGGGUGGUCAUCGGUCAGCCAGCAGCAACCCAGAUGUGUCGAACUAAGGUGAUUGACUUGAACGAUGGUGUCUCCCAGUACGCCUGGUACCCCUGCACAGCCAACUUCCAGUACUCCCACAUGACACAGACCAUUUUCUGGCUCAAGGCUUAUUUUUCCCAGCCUAUGGUAGCUGCAGCAGUCCUAGUUCACCUGGUCACUGACGGCACCUACUACCUGGAUCAGAAGCAGGAGACCAUCGGUGUGCAGCUGUUUGACACCAAAGAGCAAAGCCACGAUCUUGGUGUCCACGUCCUGAGCUGCAGGAACAAUCCCCUGAUUAUCCCCGUCAUCCAUGACCUCAGUCACCCUUUUUAUCACACCCAGGCUGUCCUCAUUAGCUUCAGCUCCCAGUUUGUGGCCAUCUCCGGGGUGGCCCUGCGUUCCUUCCACAACUUCGACCCCAUCACCAUCAGCAGCUGCCAGCGAGGACAGACCUACAGCCCGGCGGAGCAGAGCUGUGUCCACUACUCCUGUGAAGCCACGGACUGCCAGAAGCUGGAGAUUGAGAACGCAGUGCUGAACUGCACCAGUGGCUGGUACAACGGGGCCCAGUGCAACGUGAGCUGCAGGAGGGGCCACAUCCUGCACGUCCAGAGGGAUGAUGAUCUCAUCAAGAGCCAGAUGGAGUCCAGCAUCACCAUGACUUGUGUGGAUGGGAAGUGGAACAAGCAGGUGACCUGUGAGCCUGUGGACUGCGGUGUCCCAGACCAGUACCACGUCUACCCAGCCACCUUCAACUGCAGUGAGGGGACCACCUUUGGCAAGAAAUGCUCCUUCACUUGCCGGCCUCCUGCUCUUCUGAAAGGAAACAACAGCAACUUGACCUGCAUGGAGGAUGGGCUGUGGUCCUUUCCAGAGGCCCUGUGUGAGCUGAUGUGCCGAGCACCCUCCGUCGUCCCCAAUGCAGAUCUCCAGACUUCUCGUUGCCGAGAAGACAAGCACAAAGUGGGCUCCUUUUGCAAGUACAAAUGCAAACCUGGUUACCACGUCCCUGGAUCCUCCAGAAAAUCGAGAAAACGAGCCUUCAAGAUCCAGUGCACGCAGGACGGCACGUGGCUGCCAGGUGCUUGUGUGCCCGUUACCUGUGACCCUCCACCUUCCAAGUUCCACGGGCUCUACCAGUGCUCCAACGGCUUCCAGUUCAACAGCGAGUGCCGGAUCAAGUGUGAGGAUGAUGACAGUCAGGCGGGCCGUGGGAGCAACGUGAUUCACUGCAGGAAGGACGGCACGUGGAGCGGCUCCUUCCACCUGUGCCGGGAGAUGCAGGGGCAGUGCACUCUGCCCACCCAGCUCAACAGCCACCUGAAGCUCCAGUGCACCAGCGGCUACGGAAUAGGCACAGAGUGCACCACCUCAUGUCUGGAUCACAGUCACGAGCCCAUCCUCCUGCGUGUGAACGAGACUGUGCAAGACAUCCAGCACUGGAUGAACCCUCAGAGAGUGAAGAGCGUUGUCUGCACGGCAGGACUCAAGUGGUAUCCUCACCCUUCCCUGAUUCAUUGUGUCAAAGGCUGCGAGCCUUUCAUGGGGGACAACUACUGUGACUCCAUCAACAACCGAGCCUUCUGCAACUACGAUGGUGGGGACUGCUGCGCCUCAACAGUCAAGACCAAAAAGGUCACACCAUUUCCCAUGUCCUGUGACCUACAAGGAGAGUGUGCUUGCCGGGACCCCAACGCCCAAGAGCACAACCAGAAAGACCUCCGUGGUUUCAGUCUUGGGUAAUGCCAAGCGACGUGGAAUUGGAGGACCACACUGCUCAAGGCAGGCUAGGAGAGACACCACAUCCCUUUUGGUAUCGUUUUUAACAUUUAGCUGCUCAACUGGAUGGCAUUUCUGCACCAGGGACCCUUAGAAUUCAACCAGUCUGCCUUUAAUUUUUGUCCAAGGAGAACUAAAGUAGGGGUUUAUGUAUUAACUAUAUGUUUAAUAGUGAUGACGAGAAACAACCAACCAAGAGUCAAGUCGAGAAGACUUUCAUGUAUCAAAACAGCAUGUUAUGCCCACCUAAUUUGAACAGUUCAUAUCUAGAUUCAAGGCAAGAAACAAACUAUUUAUGUACACGUAUUUAUAGAAAUAAGUAGAGAAAGAGAGAAAGAGUGAGAGAUUAUGAUCAACGCAAAAAACACUUUCCCCUCCCCAGCACUCACAACUCAGACCAUUCACGGGAGAGGCUGUGCUCUUGGAGGACUCCAAGCUGAGCCUUUUCUGAUGCUGAAUGCCAAGAUAUCGCAUGCUCGGGGCACUGAGGUUGGGGUAGGAUCUCCACAGGGCUGGGCCUCUUGGCAAGUGACCUGUCGGACACCCAGCCAGCUCGAGAACGUGGGAUGCAUCUGCGCCUCACAGGAAUGCUACUUCCAGCCAGGGAGCUCAGCAGACUGCAGUGGCCUUUCUGUACAGCUCCUCCUCCUCCUCCCCCCUGCUGCCCUCAAAAAGCCAACAAAAAACCCCCUUGUAGCCUGCAGGGCUUCUGGGACGUUUCUUUGUGGAGAUGGGCAGGUGGUCCCGUGGUGGAGUCAGGGAGUGGGGAGCCCAAGGACUGGCAUUGAGGAACGUGGAUGGAUGAUUGCUUCUGAGGAGCAGAGAGGGUAACUUGCGCCCGCACCUGUCAUUUGAGCAUGUCUGCUGCUGCUACUCCUGCUGCUAUGUCCCAUUCAACUAGUUUCCUUACUGUGUCAGGACAGGGUGAAAAACAACCCCAUGCAACCAAGCAGUCUGCCUUAAAGCUUACCUACAACCUGCCUUUCAAACCCUCUGGUCACUUCCUCAGCGUUGGGGCAAGAAAAAAGGACACCAGCCAGCCAAGGGAACCUGCUUUCUGGUCUCCACCCAACCAAGUGGUUCUCCAGACCUCCCACACCCCACUCUUACGGUGGUCUCUAUCUGACAACCGCUUCAUGCUCCUGUUUUUUCAGGAGAGGGGAAGAGGAGGAGGAGACACAUCACAGGAGACAGUAUUAGAAUUUUGGCCAUAUUUGUCAGUAUUAAGCUGCCAGGCAAGUGGGUCAGACCCUUUUAACAGACCAGGAGUUUAGCUACUUGUAAUCUUCCAGAAAGAAGGGCUUUAGCUGCAGCAGACCUCACACUUCCCUGUCAUCCU